CGUGGGUGAGGCUACCGCAGCCUCAGCAUUGGUCCACAGCCUGGUAUUUGCUGUUGAAGGAGUGAAAGUUUAGAGAGGAGGAGGUGAAAGGCAACUCUGGUUUCUUCUUUCUCACUGAGCCGCUUUCUUUCUGCCUGUUGCUGCAGUCUGCAGGAGACACCCAGCCCCAGGAGGGAGACUGUCCUCAGCUGUGGAAGACAAAUUCAGCCAACAUGAUGCCUGCACAGUUCCUGCCCUGCUGCACUCUCACUCUGUUAGUUUUAUUAGACCUGGCUGCUGCCCAGUAUGACCACCAUGGCUACCUGACAGGCUACCCCGACCAAGAACAGGAUCAUUAUACCAACCCACAGCUGUCACCAGACACACCCAGGAUCCAGCUCAGAUUGGCGGGGGAUAAGAGGAAACACAACGAGGGCCGUGUGGAAGUUUUCUACAACAACGAAUGGGGCACUGUUUGUGAUGAUGACUUCAAUAUUCAUGCAGCACAAGUGGUGUGCAGAGAGCUGGGCUACGUGGAAGCUGUCUCUUGGUCACCAUCCUCAAAAUAUGGAAAGGGAGAAGGACCCAUCUGGUUUGAUAAUCUCCACUGCACCGGCAAAGAAAAGACCCUGGCACUGUGUCCCUCCAAUGGGAUUGGUGUUAGUGAUUGCAAACACAGUGAAGACGUAGGGGUUGUCUGCAGUGACAAGAGGAUACCGGGAUUCAAAUUUGUCAGCACACUGCCCAACCAUGUAGAGAACUUUGAUAUUCAAGUGGAAGAUGCGCGCAUCAGAGCCAUCCUGUCAUCAUAUCGUAAGCGAAUCCCUGUAACAGAGGGCUAUGUGGAGGUAAAGGACGGGGGGAAAUGGAAGCAGAUCUGUAACUCUGAGUGGACACAACUCAACACCAGAGUCAUCUGUGGCAUGUUUGGCUUCCCUGGAGAGAGAAAAUACAACGCUAGAGUCUACAAAAUAUUUGCUCGUCGAAGAAAGCCCACCUACUGGGACUAUGCUGUGAACUGCACUGGCAAUGAAGCCCAUUUGUCCAGCUGUAAGCUCGGUCAAACUUCAUCAGCAAAGUCCAAUGCAACUUGUGCUGGGGGGCUGCCUGUGGUGGUUAGCUGUGUGCCUGGUAGGGCUUUUGCCCCAACAGCCAUGACAGGAUUCAGAAAGGCCUUCCGACAAGAGCAACCACUGGUUCGUCUCCGGGGUGGGGCCAUUGUAGGUGAGGGCAGAGUAGAGGUGUUGAAGAAUGGAGAGUGGGGCACCAUUUGUGAUGACAACUGGAACCUGCUGUCUGCCACCGUGGUGUGCCGAGAGCUUGGCUUUGGUACCGCAAUAGAAGCGCUUUCUGGAGGUCGCCUUGGACAAGGUAUGGGCCCCGUGCACAUGAAUGAAGUGGAGUGUUCUGGGUUUGAAAAGUCGAUCACAGAGUGUUACUUCAACAAGGAGGCUCUUGGUUGCAGUCAUGAGGAGGAUGCAGCUGUCAGAUGUAAUGUUCCUGCUAUGGGCUUCCAGGAGUCGCUGCGUCUAAGUGGAGGUAGAAACCCCUUUGAGGGCCGUGUAGAGGUGCUGAUGCAGAGGAACGGUUCUCUGGUGUGGGGUACGGUGUGCAGUGAAGGCUGGGGAACCAUGGAGGCGAUGGUGGUCUGCAGACAACUGGGCCUGGGCUUCGCAAGCAAUGCUUUCCAGGAGACAUGGUAUUGGCCAGGAGAGGUGAGUGCAGAUCCUGUGGUGAUGAGUGGAGUUCGUUGCUCUGGAACAGAGAUGUCUCUGUCUCAUUGUUUACACCAUGGAGCCCACCUGAACUGCCCUAAAGGGGGUGGACGCAAUGCUGCUGGAGUCUCCUGCUCUGAGACGGCUCCAGACCUGGUGUUGAACCCCCAGGUGGUGGAGCAGACCACCUACAUGGAGGACAGGCCCAUGUUCAUGCUGCAGUGUGCGUAUGAGGAGAAUUGUCUGUCGUCGACCUCUAGCCAGGUGCCACCCAACUCCUACCGCCGCUUACUGCGCUUCUCCUCUCAGAUCCACAACAACGGCCAGUCUGAUUUCCGUCCCAAAGCUGAGAGAAACUCCUGGGUGUGGCAUGACUGUCACAGGCAUUAUCACAGCAUGGAAGUGUUUACGCUUUAUGACUUAUUCAGCCUCAAUGGAACAAAAGUAGCAGAAGGACACAAAGCAAGUUUUUGCCUGGAGGACUCGGAGUGUGAUGAAGGUAUUGAAAAGCAAUAUGAAUGUGCCAACUUUGGAGAACAGGGUAUCACUGUAGGCUGCUGGGAUACCUACAGGCAUGACAUUGACUGCCAGUGGGUCGACAUAACUGAUAUCAAACCUGGAGAUUAUAUUUUUCAGAUAAUAAUUAAUCCAAACUAUGAAGUACCUGAGUCAGACUACAGCAAUAACCUCCUCAAAUGCAGAUGUCGAUAUGAUGGCCACCGUGUAUGGAUGUACAGCUGCCAUAAUGGUGGCUCAUUAAGCACUGAAACUGAACAGACAUUCCCCGGCCUCCUCAACAAUCACGUGGCCCACAGGUAAGAGCAAAGCAGUGUGGAGGCAUCAGAUGACCCGCCCCUCCCCUUACAGAGAUCACAAUUGAAGCCCAGUAACCUUCAUUCCUGCCCUGGUCGCCCCAUGGUUUCAUUUUCUCCUGCCUCAUCCAUCGUGCUGUUCCCUUUGACCCUUCACCUUCCUAUCCAGCCAGAGAGAGAAUGUUUGAAUUGAACUUCCUUGGUAACAGCAGAGGCAUUCUGUGGACUAAUGUUUCACAUCCCUAGACUUGAACACAGAGCCGUUUACACACUGAAGUCCACACACAUCAAGGAUCUGUUUUUCAAACACAUUGUGCAUGUCUUUGGAUAUCAGCUGUCUAAGCAUAAAACACAAGCUAUGUGUCUUUUGGGGGAAUUUAUGCAGAGUGAACUGGGCUCCUACCAAGAAAAUGACACCCUUUUCACUAGCAAAAAUAACUUUCAGGUGAGACUCUCAUCAGGUCGGGUAAGGUGCCAACAAAGCAGUCCUAAAAAACUGGAAAGCACAUGGACACGAGUUCAAGUUUUGUUAUGUGUUGGAAUUUAUUAAUACUUGGAGGCAUGUUUGUAGAAGUUUUUGUUGGAAACAGUGUUAGAAUCGAUAUCAAACAGGUCUGUAAACUAGAGGAGAUAAUCCUGCAGAAGGAUUGACCUUAGACUAUGGAUUUUAAAAACAAGUUUUAGUUAAAACCAAAAUGUAACACAAUUUGUUAGUGAUGCAAAAUAAAUAAAUUAUACUAAAAAUGUUCUAAAUUUUGGUCAUAUCUUUCCUUUGGUAAAGGUCUGACAAGGUUUUUAGCAUUUGAUAUAAUUUAUGGCUCCUAGAUUUCAUGUUUUAUUUUUUUGUGUUGUUGUUGUUGUUUGUUUGUGCAACACUUGUUCUAUUCUUGCCACUAUGAAGAAGCUGUGUCUCAAAUGACUCCAUUUAGUACUUGCACAAAGAAUCCUUUGGCUGAACUGUCUAAUACUUUGACCCAUCAGACCCUGUAAAGUGAAAUCCAAAAUUUAUGUCUUAACACACGAGAUAUGUUGGAAUAUGGUUGCUGUAAACAUGUGAAGACACUGAGAUCUACAUGUGACUGAAUU